ACCUGUGAGAGAGACAAGACAGACAGGUAGAGCCGUAGAGGUCGGUAAUGGCAAUCAAUCAAGAAAGAAAGAGCUGCAGUACACGUAUUAACUGACUUUUCAAAAUACGCGGUUUUUGUUACUGUCCUCUAACAAGUCUCUCUCUCUCUCUCUCAACCUUACCUUUGAAGUUUGAAGGUUUCAACCUCCCUUGCCUUAUUUGAAUCUUGUUGGGCAGUUGCCAUUGAAAAAAUAGCUUUUUUAGAGUGUGAGAGAAAAGAUUUAUCAAGAAAAUGACAACCCAUAUCCAUUACUAUUUGCUUCUAUCUUGAUCUAUUAUCCCCCCCCCCCUUCUCUCUCUCUUACCGUCUCUUUCUUUAAUUUAGUUGCUUCUAUUUCUGUUGAUCAAAAUACACCAACCCUUUUUCUCUCUGUGUGUAAAUUCUUCAUCUGAUCCUUUAUUUCGCUGUUUCAACGCCAAAAUCCAUCUCGGGGUCCUUUAUUUUCUUGUUCAAGGACUUAAAUCUUAAUUCUUUAUAAGAAAUUUAAAGAAUUGGGUAUUGAUUUGUUUUGGAGGUUAAGAAGAAAGGAAGAAGAAGAUGAUGAUGAUGACGAUGGAAGGGAUGAUGGAUAAGGCAGUGUUGGAUGAUAUAAUAAGGAGGUUAUUAGAAGGAAAAGGAGGAAAGCAAGUGCAGUUAUCUGAAGGAGAGAUCCGUCAAUUAUGUGUUAAUGCUCGCCAAAUCUUCCUUUCUCAGCCUACUCUCCUUGAGAUUAAAGCUCCCAUUCGAAUAUGUGGUGACAUACAUGGGCAAUAUCAAGACCUCCUGAGGCUGUUUGAAUAUGGUGGCUACCCUCCUUCUGCAAACUAUCUCUUCCUUGGGGAUUAUGUCGAUAGAGGGAGGCAAAGUUUGGAGACCAUAUGUCUGCUUCUGGCCUACAAAAUCAGACAUCCCGACAAAAUUUACCUCUUGAGGGGUAACCAUGAGGAUGCGAAGAUCAAUAGGAUAUAUGGGUUUUAUGACGAGUGUAAACGGAGAUUCAAUGUCCGGCUAUGGAAAAUAUUUACCGACUGCUUUAAUUGUUUGCCUGUUUCUGCACUGAUUGAUGAAAAGAUACUCUGCAUGCACGGAGGCCUCUCUCCAGAGUUGGAACAUUUGGGCCAAAUAAAGGAAAUUCAAAGACCUACCGAAAUCCCAGAUAACGGUCUCCUAUGCGAUCUACUUUGGUCUGAUCCUGAUGCUAGGGUUGAGGGUUGGUCAGAUAGUGAUCGAGGUGUUUCAUGUACCUUUGGACCUGAUAAAGUUGCUGAGUUUUUGGAUAAAAAUGACCUGGAUCUCAUUUGCCGAGGUCAUCAGGUGGUGGAGGAUGGAUACGAGUUCUUUGCCAAACGAAAAUUGGUAACAAUAUUUUCAGCUCCAAACUAUGGUGGGGAGUUUGACAAUGCAGGUGCUUUGUUGAGCGUUGACGAAUCCUUAGUAUGUUCCUUUGAGAUAUUAAAACCAGUUCUACCAGCAAGCGCUCCAAAGUUAACCCUUAAGAAGCCUCCAAAAGCUGGAAAGUUCUAGUAUGAGAAAAGGGCAUUCAGGGAUCUCUUCUUGUUUCAAUUAGGAGAUUGACCAAGGCUCGGUUCUAGCAAUGAUUUGAAUAUCUAUCACAUUGCCGGUUUAUCUUCAGAAAGAAGCCUUUUUUUCUUGUUGAAAUGUCACAUAACUCAAUUUGCAGUGCAAAUUGUUAGGGAAAAAAAAUGUGCAAAAACAACAGCCCAUGCUGUAUGUUAUGCCCAGGAACCAAAGUUGUUUUGUUGGAUACCCUUUGGGAACUUCCUGUCUGGUCAAUUAGCAUAUGCUGUUUGUAAGUAGUGAUUGAGAAUAGGUCUGAUUUUUGUUGAGAUGUUUGUGCAAGUUUACUCUAUGGUUUGCUCAGAGAGUCCUCAUGUUGAUCUAUUGGCAAUCAAAAUAGUUCUUCUCUGCCA